AUGCGUCGAGCGGCUGUCAAAGUACUCCGGACGGCGUGUCUAACACCAUCGCGAAACAUUGCUCUCCGUAGUAAAGGUGGGUUUCUUCCUUCGAGCUAUGUGCUAGGUGUUCGAUACGCCUCGGGACGGUCAGAAUCGGUAUCUAGAGUAGAGGCAACAGUCAAGGCGCAAUCUCCAAUGUACUUCCGCAGGUUCUCUGUCGCGCUGGUAUCUGGUCUAGUUGGAUAUGGAGCUUGGUACACAUACAAAGGGCAAAAUGCAGGUUUAGCAAAUGUUAAGGACCUAAGCACUAUAUCCUCAACGCCGACCGCAACUAGUCCGCAAUCUAGGGCCGUAUCGACCACUUCAACCUAUUCAUUAUCACAACCCGCGGAAACUACAGAGGCUGUAGAGAGGAAAGCGGUCAUCAUUGGGGCAGACAAUCUGUAUACUGGCGCACUUUCGGGGAACGAGCCCAUCACGAAGGAUACAGACGAUUCAGGGAGGAAGAUUGUAGAAAUGUUGACUCCGGAUGAAGCCACUCAGAAGCUUCGGCGCAAUGAAGAAUCAUAUCUAGUUGGUCGUGGAAAGGGCGUUGUGAGAUACGAUGUUGUUCAAAUACCUAGCAAUGAUCCCAUUGAGGAUGAUCAUUCCGAGAAAAUUAUUGAGCUCCCUCAAGCUCUAGCAACAUCCAGUCCUACUAGUGAUUGGAUGUUCUGGGGUGUUUUUGAUGGCCAUUCCGGAUGGACUACAUCUGCGAAACUUCGACAGGUUCUUAUAAACUUUGUCGCACGAGAGCUGAAUUCUACCUACAAAACUGCACUUAACGACCCAAGUAUCCAAACGCCUCCAUCGGAAGCCAUCGAGGCAGCAAUAAAAACAGGCUUUAACCGGCUCGACCACGAGAUCGUACACGAGAGCGUGGAGAAAGUGCUCAAGGCAGGUUCGAAAUUAGUCGCUGCGGAAACCUUAGCACCAGCAUUGUCAGGUUCCUGCGCUCUUCUAUCAUUCUAUGACAGCAACACAAAGCUUUUGCGUGUUGCUUGCACUGGAGAUUCCCGAGCUGUUCUUGGUCGACGAGGAGAAAGUGGGAAAUGGGUUGCGACACCACUCUCAGUUGAUCAGACUGGUAGUAACCCCGAUGAGGAAGCUAGAAUGCGAAAACUUCACCCAGGAGAGGAUCACGUUAUUCGACGAGGUCGCGUCUUAGGUGGCCUCGAACCCACUCGAGCAUUCGGUGAUGCUACUUACAAAUGGUCGCGUGAGGUGUCCGAGAAGCUGAAGAGGUCCUUUUUCGGUAGAACGCCUUCUGAGCUUCUUCGCACGCCACCUUAUGUUACCGCUGAACCUGUCGUCACUACCACCAAGAUCCAGCCUGAAAAGGGCGAUUUCGUUGUGAUGGCGACUGAUGGUUUGUGGGAAAUGCUUACCAACGAGGAAGUUGUUGGUUUAGUUGGCCAAUGGAUUGAAAAGCAGUCGGCAGAAAAGAAUAGUACCAUGGCAAGUUCAUGGGUCAAGAUGUUUUCUCAACAAAAGGGUCUUCCGGUGGAGCAAGAUAAGGGUAAGCCUGAAGUUGGCGGGCAAAAGUCUCCCAUUAGACAGCAGCAGUGGGGCGUAAAGGGAGGCGAGAGUGAGAGGUUCGUUGUCGAGGACAAGAACGUUGCAACUCACCUAGUCCGAAAUGCUUUAGGUGGUAAGGAUAAGGACAUGGUGUGUGCCUUGUUGACGUUACCUGCUCCAUAUUCCAGGCGUUAUCGUGACGAUUUGACAGUAGAAGUUAUCUUCUUUGGAAAUAGUGAUAAGAGCGGCGAUGUCGUCGUUAAUAAGGAGGCUAGUGCUUCAGCGAAGGACAUCAAGGCGAAGCUAUAA